AUGGACGGUGAAAGUUUUGCUGAAAAAUUAAAAAAAUUCAAUCAAAAACCAGUCAUGGGAAUUCGUACACCUAAACCACACAUCAUUAAUAGCGGAUCAUUAUUAGAGUCAUCUCAACCAGAAAAAUUAGAACAAUCAAAAUCUAAUGAUUUAAAUCAAUCAUUUGAUGAUACAAAUCCAACAAAAUCUGAUUCUACUACUUCAUCAUCACAAUCAUCCAAUGAAAGAACUCUUCCACGUGAUGCAAAACUAGCCGAAAUUAUUGUUUCAGGUUUAAAAAAAUCAACCGCAACAUUACCGAAAUCAUUAACUAUCGAUCCAAAUGAAAGUAAACAUUCUGAAUCAUCAUCAAAUCAUUUGCAAGAUACUACUACAUCUGCUAUUCCUCCAAAUACAACUAGUGAUACAAACUUAAAGAAACCACCUACAACUUUACCAAAACCAUUAAAUAACAGUAGAAAUGAAAAUAAACAUUCUGAAUCAUCAUCAAAUCAUUUACAAGAUACUACUACAUCUGCUAUUCCUCCAAAUACAACUAGUGAUACAAACUUAAAGAAACCACCUACAACUUUACCGAAAUCAUUUAAUAACAGUGCACAGGAAAAUAAACAUUCCGAAUCAUUAAAUAUUUCACGUGAUACAAUUUUAUAUUAUCCCUAUCCUUCAGAUUCAAACACUUUUACUGAUGUUAAAAAUUCACCAGUAUCUUUACCAUUUUCAGUUGAUUCAGAACGAAAUGAAAGUCAAGAUUUGCAAUCAUCAUCUAAUUUAGAACAAGAAAUACUACCUCCUGUUAUUUCUUUCAAUACAAACAAUUUUACUAGUGCAAAGAAAGGACCUGCACCUUUACCUAACUCACUUAAUCUAGAUCAACAGGAAAAUGAUCAUCAUGACUUCGUAUCUAUUUCACUUGAUACAAUGUUAACUCCCAAAUGUAUGUUUUACGAAUUUGAAAAUACAAUUAAUGAUUAUAAACGACGAGAUCCUCGAACAAUCAUAUAUCGAAAAAUGAAAAUAACAAUACCGCAAAUUACAAUAAAUGAAAUCAAUAUUCUUCAAAGAUAUUCAAAUAAAUAA